AUGGAAGCUCAACAUCGUGUUUCUCCCUUUAGUCUUAUCGACCCUACAAAGCCCGGGCAUCGUCGCUUCAUUGCACUUUGGCUCGUCGAUCCUACAAAGCGCAUCAUCUCCACGGCGAAUGUUCCGCCUCAACAGAUGGACUGGUACGUCGACGCGCUCCUAGGAUCAAACACCAAGUCGCGUCAAGAAGCGCUGUCGAAACUUCCUCCCGACCUUAUCAACCUGCUAGCCGAGAAGGGACUUGCAAGUCUUUCUGCCACUUCUGAAGGUCGACUGCCCGAAGAGCUCAUGGACUACGUGCGCGAGUAUUUCGAUGAAGCCAAAUACUCCCUUCCUAUGGGUUUCCAAGAGGCAAGCGAGCACCGCAAAAAGCUUAUGCAGGAAAGGGGCGCAUUUGUUCGGACAGCAGAGGAAGAAUUGCAGGGGGCGACUUACAGCUUCUGUGAGCAUUAA